UACUAAUAAGGGAAUACGGUGUGGCUUUCUUACGUUGACUAUUCAAUUCAUAAGUUCUCUUCAUGAGCAAGGCUGCUAUUGUUAGACUUAAAAAAUGCUUCACUUCUGUGAACUUUCAUUUUCGAAAGCAAACUCGUUUACGAGACAGUACACCUUUUCAUAUAUGAUCAUCAUUUUUACACCCCCUUCAUGAUAAUACCAAACUUGACACCAUAUUAUUAUUUCCUACAAUGAAGAAUAAUAUACCCACAAACUCCUCAACUUACAAACUCCUUAAUGUCCAUAUAAAUCUCAAUCAUCUUAUAUCCUACUUGGUCAUAUUUGCAUUUGGACUAACCAUUGGUAGCACAUUUUUAAGACAUGAUUUCUCUCCUAGUUACAAUACACCUCCCUUGAUGACCCUUAAACUUCUCAGCGUCACAUCCUCAUCAUCUUCAACCCUAGACCAAUUUAAUGUUUCUUCGUCGUCGAUGUCGAAUUCUACUAAGAUCAAUUAUAUGCAUGAGAUGGAGGAUGAAGAAUUAUUAUGGAGAGCAUCCAUGGUACCAAAAAUAGGUGGGGAAAAUUAUUCAUCAAAAUUUGUAACAAACAAGAUUGCUUUUUUGUUCUUAGUUAGAGGAUCAUUGCCAUUGGCACCUCUUUGGGAGAUGUUUUUCAAAGGACAUGGAGAUUAUUAUACCAUUUAUGUUCAUUCUCUUCCUUCUUACAAUGAAUCUUACCCCACCAAUUCAGUCUUCCAUGGCCGGAGGAUUCCUAGUAAGGAAGUAGAAUGGGGAAAAUUCAACAUGGUUGAAGCAGAACGUCGACUACUAGCAAACGCUCUUCUUGAUGUAUCAAAUCAACGAUUCAUUCUGUUAUCAGAGUCAUGUAUACCACUCUUCAAUUUCUCAACUAUAUAUUCGUACCUCAUAAAUUCAAAAAAGAGUUACGUUGAAGCCUAUGAUUCAGAUAGUUCAACAGGGCGUGGGCGCUACAGUUAUCACAUGAUGCCACAAGUAAGGCUAUCACAAUGGCGAAAGGGUUCUCAAUGGUUCGAGAUGGAUCGUGCUGUUGCAGUCAAAGUUAUAUCAGAUGAAGAAUAUUUUACUUUGUUUCAGAAAUUUUGCACACGCGGAUGCUAUGGAGAUGAGCACUAUUUGCCAACAUUUCUUAGCAUUGAGUUUUGGUGGAGGAACUCAAAUAGGAGCUUAACUUGGGUUGAUUGGUCCAAAACUGGGCCUCAUCCUGGUGUGUUCCAAAGACCUCAAGUUACUCCUCAACUUCUACAAAGCUUAAGGAGUAAUGGAACUUGUGAGUAUAAUGGAGGAAAGACUCACAUUUGCUUCUUGUUUGCGAGAAAGUUUAUGCCUGGUACUUUAACAAGGUUGUUGAGAUUUGCUCCUCCAAUUAUGAAGUUCAAUUAACUUCAUGUAAACUAAUUAAAUCUGUAUAUGAAUUAUUGAUUUUUUUUUUCUUUAGGUAGGGUUUUUUUUUUUUUCCAAAAUCAACAAUUUAAAUUGUUGUUUUAUACCUUUAUUUCUUCAUUGUAAAAUUUUGGUUCUGUACAAAAUGGAAGAUGCAUACAUUGGUGACUAAAAUACCAUGUAAUAUAGUAAUAUAUAUAAUAUUGAGUGAACCUAUUCGGUCAUAA